CCUAUGAAAACCGGGGCAUCUUGGGGUGGGUGCUGUAGUCCAAAUGGUCAGUACCAGCUUGUGCCAGCUCUCAGUGCUCAUCCAUGCCACCUGCCAGUGCCCAUCAGUGCCACAUUUCAGUGCCCAUCAGUGCCAACUCAAUGCCACAUAUCAGUGCCCAUCUGAGCUGACUUUCAGUGUUACCCAUCAGUGCAAGUCAGAGCCACUUAUCAAUGCCAGUCAGUGCCACCUAUCAGUGCUGCCAAUCAGUGCCGCCUAUCAGUGCCAGCCAGUGCCACCUAUCAGUGUGCAUCUGUGCCACGUAUCAGUGCCCGUCAGUGCUGCCUAUCAGUGCCGCCUAACAGUGCCAUUCAGUGCCACCUAACAGUGCCAGUCAGUGCCGCCUAUCAGGGCCAGUCAGUGCCGCAUGUCAGUGCCGCCUAUCAGUGCCAUAUAUGAGUGCUGCCUUUCAGUGCCCAUCAGUGAUGCAUGUCAAUGCCCAUCAGUGCCACCUACCAGUGCCUCCUCAUCAGUGCCCAUCAGUGCCACCUAUCAGUGUCCAUCAGUGCAGCCUAUCAGUGCCCAUCACUGCAGCCUCAUUAGCACAGAUCAGUGAAGGGAGAAAAAUCACUUAUUUACAAAAUUUUAUAACAAAAACUAAGAAAAAAACGUUUUUUUUCUAAAUUUGCAGUGGUUUUUGGUUUGUUUAAGAAAAAAUAA